AAAGCGGCGGCUUCUGCAUAACAUAUUUUAUGUUUGAGAAGUGUUCACACAUCAAUUUAGAUGAACGGAGUCCGCUGUGAGAAACCUGCCGGCGGUCCGCCGCUGCAGUUGUUCAACUGUACCCACGCAAACUGUGGAGCGACUUUCACCAGACAGUGGAGGCUGAGGGAGCACGAGACGGUGCACACCGGUGCGCGCCCGUGUCCGUGCACAAUAGCUGGCUGUGGUCGUCGUUUCACAAGAAAAGCCCACCUGAGCCGCCACAUGCUUCAGCACAGAGGGUUAAAGCAAUUCCAAUGCACGAGCUGCACGCUCAGUUUCCUCAACACCGGCCAGCUCAAGAGGCACGUGCGCUACGUCCACGGGGAGAAAGAGAAGUAUUUCAAGUGUAACCAGCCAAACUGCUCCUUAACCUUCAAAAAACGCAGAAUGUUGAAACUGCACUUGAAGCAUCAUGAAGUGCCAACUAAAUUCAAGUGUUCAAAGGACGUGUGCGCUGCCACUUUCGACUCUCAUGUUGCCCGUAAAGCUCACGAGAAGAAGCAUGCAGGUUACCGUUGCCCUGACGUAAACUGCCAGGUGAUUGAACACACCUGGGGAAAACUUCAGAAACACAUGGCCAAACAUCCAGCUAAGUUUGCAUGCCAAGCAUGUAAGAAGGUGUUUAAGAAAGCGGACGCUCUCCGGAAGCACAAACGGAUCCAUGCUUCCCAUAAGCCUGUUUUGGUUUGUCCCAGGGACGACUGCCAGGCCUACUUCUCUACUACCUUUAACCUGCAGCACCACAUCCGCAAGGUGCACCUGGAGCUCCUCAAAUAUAAAUGCUCCUUCCCGGACUGCCAGCGCACGUUUGCUAUGCGGGAGAGUAUGACCAGACACCUGCUUCGCCAUGACACAUGUGCCACUACUCUAAAGAAACGUCAGCGUCCUAAGAAGUCCUGGCAGAAGCGUCUGGAUGGACACCAUCUACCCAUUGUGGAGGAAAACUUGCGCCGCCUCUUUGCUCUGCGCAUGCGUAUCUCCCGACGUACCAAAGUGGAAACCAACCUCUCCGGCCUCUUCAAUGAACGAAAGAUCCCUCAUUAUGUUGACCCAGAAGUCAAUCUGCGCAAUCUGUUUGGCAUCAAAAAGCCUCGUACGUUUGAGGAGAAGCCUGAGGUUGCACUACUGAAAAGUUGUAAUGAAAUCCAGGCAGAGUAAUUUGUUUUUUUUCAUUACAACUUUCAGAUAACUUUAAUUUCUUAAGUGAAACUGUUUUCUGUAAUUUUGAGGAAUAUGAAAUUGGGUCCCCUUGGUUUAGUUUUCUUUAAUGUAGCUGGCAUACAUUAAAAUAUUUGAAUUAAAUAUUUCAGUCAUUAUUUGACAAAUUGCAAUGUCAAGCAUUUGAGAAUUUCGAGGAGUUUCUGAAGAUAUCAAAUUUUCUCAUUUUGUAACAUAGUACCUGUUGACCCAAUAAAAUCAUUUGUAUUUUGAUCAAA